GUAGGGUUACUCGUCCGCUCGGCUUCUGCGCCUCAACCCUCGCAGCGCCCGUGCUCGCCCCUUCCCCUUCUUCGUCGCGCGGCCAGCCGUCGGUCCGCCCAGUCGCCGUUUUUCAAGCAUCGCUAGCCGGCCGCCUCUACCCUCGCCCACUCACGGAUAGUUGGCAAUUUGAGGUACGUCUGAACUCUUAACUCUGAACUCCCAACUCAGCACUUGGUAUUCAGUAAUUGCCGAUCUCUCUGAAAUCUGAAAUCUCAACUGUGUGUAGGUAUUUGGUAAUUGCCGAUCUCUCUGAAAUCUGAAAUCUCUGAAAUUUAAAAAGCUAUUUCAAUUGGGAACAAUUCGCUGGCGAUUCAUAGCUAACCAGGGGAGGAUUAUUUCUGCGAAAGCAGCGAGGCACAAUGUCGAGAGAAUUUAUGGAAAGGUUUCUUAAGAAAAAGAAGACAUCAGCACAAGAUGAUAUAGCUAGCCCAUCACAUGAACCGGAUGAUCCUCCAGCUCAGCCACAUGAACCGGAUGAUGCUCCAUCACAGGAACAAAAUGAUGCCUUCACACAUGAAGGUCCAGCCCCUAAUAUGUGGAAUUCAUCUCAAGCUCUAGAAGAAAUCAAUUGGGAAGAGGAAAUUCAGUCUGAUCCUGGCAAAAGGAGAAGCAUAGAUGAGUAUCCUCCUAAUCUAAGGGAUGUGGUAAGAAGAAAAUAUUUGGCUAAGCCUCUUUGUCAACCUCGUAGUUAUAAUUUUAAAACUACAACUAUUGGUGGUCGAGAGAGAAAGUUUAAUCCUGAUUGGUUUGAUGAGUUUGGGAGCUGGCUUGAGUAUAGUGAGUACAAAGAAAAAGCGUAUUGCUUCUGUUGUUUCUUAUUCAGGCGCCGUGAUAAGAAAGAAGCUGGAUAUGCAGCAUUUGUUGCAAAGGGUUGGUCAGGCUGGAACAAAAAACAUAGACUAAAUGAUCAUGUCGGAGAUGUCAACAGUGUUCACAACCAAGCAAAAAGAGAUUGUGAUGCUUUAUUGCAACAAGACCAGCACAUUUAUGUUGCUUUCAAUAAUCAAAGCAAUGCUGCGAAGAAGGCGCAUUAUACUAGACUAAAUGCCUCAAUUGAUGUUACUAGAGUUCUAUUGCAGCAAGGGUUACCUUUUCGCGGCCAUGAUGAGUCAGAGGAGUCCUUGAAUAAAGGAAAUUUUAAGGAAUUUUAUGCUUAUACAGCACAGCAAAAUCCAGAACUACGCAAGGUUGUAGGCCCUAAUGCUCCAGGUAAUAAUAAGUUGACUUCUUCAAUGAUUCAGAAGGACAUAGCUGAAUGUUUUGCAAAGCAAAUAUUGCAUUCUAUUCUAGAAGAAAUUGGAGAUGGUGUAUUUUCUUUGCUAGUUGAUGAAUCAAGGGAUGUGGCUGGUAAAGAACAGAUGGCAGUGGUCUUGAGAUAUGCUGGUAAAUGCGGAAGUGCGAAAGAGAGUUUAGUUGGCCUUGUUCAUGUGAAGGAGACAACUUCAAAGUACCUCAAGUCUGCUAUUGAUGAUUUAUUUGCAAAACUUAGCUUAAGUCUCAAGCAGGUUAGGGGCCAAGGAUACGACGGCGCGAGUAAUAUGCGAGCUUAUGUCCACUAUACUGGCUAUCACAAACACAUUAUCAAUGGCUCUACAAAGGAAGAAUCAAGACAUUGUAAAUGCUGUACAUUGUGUGCAGUCAACCAAAGAUAG